AUGCCGCCGAAGUUCGAUCCGUCACAAGUCGUCGACGUCUAUGUCCGCGUCACCGGAGGUGAGGUCGGAGCAGCGAGUUCACUCGCUCCUAAGAUCGGACCACUCGGUCUCUCUCCAAAGAAGAUCGGAGAAGACAUUGCAAAGGAAACCGCCAAGGACUGGAAGGGUCUCAGAGUUACAGUCAAGCUUACUGUUCAGAAUCGUCAGGCUAAGGUCUCCGUCGUCCCAUCCGCCGCUGCUCUGGUGAUUAAAGCUCUCAAGGAGCCAGAGCGUGAUCGUAAGAAGGUGAAGAACAUCAAGCACAGCGGCAACAUUUCUCUCGAUGACGUGAUUGAAAUCGCGAAGGUUAUGCGUCCGAGGUCAAUGGCUAAGGAGUUGCAAGGAACUGUGAAGGAGAUUCUCGGAACUUGUGUUUCUGUUGGAUGUACGGUUGACGGAAAAGAUCCGAAGGAUUUGCAGCAGGAAAUAGCUGAUGGUGAUGUUGAGAUUCCUCAGGAUUGA